AGGUGAUGUUUCUAGGCCUAGAAUCCCGGCAGCCUCACAUUCAGUCGUUGACUGUUCCAAAUCAGUGCACUCUUGCAUGAGCUUGAGCCGAUACGCUCUGAUGUGCAGGGGGCCCGAUAUGUCUGCAUAUUACCCUCUCCCUUUCUGGUUUUCGUUUGAACUUCCAUUCGUCUACUUUCAUCAUACCUAAUUUCGCCAUGACAUCCUUCCAGAUCCAAGACUCUGACCUAACAGGCUUCCAGGGCAAAGUUGCCGUCGUGACCGGUGGGUCAUCAGGCAUCGGCCUCGCCACAGCUGAGCUAUUGGUCUCUCUAGGCGCACUAGUUGUCGUUGGCGAUAUUCAAGCACCACCGGCGUCUGUGGCUGAUUGUCACUUCGUCCAAAUCGAUGUCAGGCGCUGGAACGAUCUUACGAAACUUUUCAAAUCCGCGAAAGAAAAGCAUGGUCGAGUUGACUUUGUAUUCGCCAAUGCCGGCAUUGGACCAAGGGCGAACUAUCUGGCUCUUGACAUCGACGAAAACGGCGAUCCAAAGGAACCAAAUGAGGACACUCUAGAUAUCAACCUGGACAGCGUGGUCAAGACCGUUACGCUUGCUACUCAUUACAUGAAGGACCAGGCCGAGGGUGGAUCUAUUGUCAUCAUGGGGUCCAGCACCGGCUUGCAUCCCGUCCGAGCAGUUGAUUAUUCGACGGCUAAAGCGGGUGUUCUAGGCUUCGGUAGGAGUUUCGCCCUUUUGGUGGAAGCUGCUGGUCUGCCUAUCCGUGUCAACACACUCGCCCCUUCAUGGACAGCAACUCAAGUCUUGCCCAAUUUGAAGGGCCUUCUAGAUGCUGUCUCAGAGAACUGCCAGUCUACCGCAGUGGUUGCCCGGGCUGCCGCAUAUUUGAUGGCGGACAAGUCUCGCCGCGGGGAUCUCAUCUUUGUCUGCGAUGGUAAAUACACAGAAAUCGAGAAAUCCGUGCUCGCGCCAGCGUAUGCAACCAUCAAAGGAGAUGGACCGAGUGACGACGCCGUACUCGCAAAGGUUAUGGCUCUAGGUAGUUAGGAAGUUGAUGAAUUCGAAAGCAAAUUUGAAUGUAUUAAAAUGGACAGCGGGCACACCCGCAGCUGGGACAACAGCGUGGUGACAUGAGUAACGGUGGCAAACCCGUGGAUUUGGAAGAACGACAAGCCCCUGCCAAGACGCUACCUAUCAUCCCGCUUCCGAUUAGGCGUCCUGGUAUCUAAAUAAUGCAAGCGCGCUG